AUGGGCAUCGACAAGUCCCAGGACCAGACUCACAUCGAAGAUGAGAAAAUGCCGCAACCCGCACCCAUGCGACAACAAUCAGUCGCAUCUCGGCGUCUGAGUGAAGCCCAGGCCAUGAAACUGGCAGAGGAUGACACCGCCAUCGUCGACGAAGAAAUUGCAGAAUUUGAGGCUGCCCUCGAAGCACAACCGGUCAAGAGCACCUUCCUCAAUCCACAAAUUUCAUUCAAUGAUCCCCGUCACUUCACCUGGCUUCUCGUCGGGUUUGCCUCGAUGGGCGGCAUGCUCUCCGGUCUUGACCAGAGCGUCAUCUCUGGUGCCUUGCUCUACAUGCCUGACGAUCUACAUCUCAGCACGUCUCAAGUCAGUUUGACUAGCUCUGCCGUGCCCCUUGGCGCAAUCGGUGGUGCUCUCCUCCUCGGUCCAAUCAAUGAAUGGGUCGGUCGGAAGAUGGCCAUCAUCAUUGCCUUGAUACUCUACACCAUCGGUGGCGCUCUGGAAGCCGGUGCUAUCAAUUUUGGCAUGAUUGUGGGUGCAAGAGUAAUCCUUGGUAUGGGCCUCGGUCUUGAAGGAGGUACCGUCCCAGUCUACGUCGCAGAAUCGGUCCAGAAAAAAUACCGCGGCAACUUGGUCAGCCUGUAUCAAUUCAUGAUUGCCUUUGGAGAAGUCAUCGGCUAUGUGGUCGCGGCUAUCUUUGUCAACGUCCCAUCCGGGUCGUGGAGGUAUAUGCUUGGCUCCUCCCUGAUUUUCAGCACCAUUAUGCUCGCGGGCAUGCUCUUUAUGCCCGAAUCCCCGCGAAUGCUUCUGCACAAGGGCAAGACCUUGGAAGCCUUCGCUGUAUGGAAGCGAAUUCGAGGUCUUUCCAGUGCCGAAGAUCGCAAGGAAUUCUUCAUCAUGCACCAUGCUCUCGAUGCAGAGAUCCAUGAGGGCGACACCAAGCGCCGGAGAUUUGUCUGGCUUGAUUUCUUCACCAAUCCCCGUGCACGAAGAGCUAUCGUUUACGCAAACAUCAUGAUCGCGCUUGGCCAGUUGACUGGAAUCAAUGCAAUCAUGUACUACAUGUCAACUCUCAUGUCCCAGAUCGGAUUCGACAAGAAGCAAUCCGUUUUCAUGUCCCUCGUGGGAGGCGGCUCUCUCCUCUUGGGCACCAUUCCAGGCGUGUUGUACAUGGAAAGGUUCGGCCGCCGCUUCUGGGCAAACACUAUGCUGCCCUGCUUCUUCAUCGGUCUCAUCUUCGUCGGUGUCUCUUAUCAAUUGCAUUCGGUCACAGCCACAGAAGGGAUGUACCUCACGGGGAUCAUUCUGUACAACGGCUUCUUCGGAUCAUACGCAUGCCUCACUUGGGUCCUACCUAGUGAAGUGUUUCCCACCUAUCUCCGGUCUUACGGCAUGGAGUCCACCGACAUCAACCUCUUCUUUGGCAGCUGGCUUGUGACCUACUUCUUCUCCGACAUGCAACGGGCGAUGACCAAGACAGGUCUCACGCUUGGCUUCUACGGAGGGAUUGCGGUGCUGGGCUGGAUCUACCAACUUUUGUUCAUGCCUGAGACGAAGAACAAGACUCUGGAGGAGAUCGACCUCAUUUUCAGCCAGCCUACCAGCGAGCUCGUGAGACAGAAUCUCCGAAAUGUCACCCGGGGCAUGAGUGACAUUGCUCAUUUCAGGUUUAGCAAGGUUUUCUCGCCCGUGGAAGAGAGCCAUGAGGUUGAACGGCAAAUCGACGAAGUCAAGGCCUAG